AUGUCUUGCCCCGUUUGGCUGAUCACCGGAUGCUCUUCAGGGUUCGGGCUAGAGAUAGCCCGCAGAGCCCUCACAAAGGGACACCGAGUUAUUGCGACCUCCCGGAAUCCCAAGAAGAACGAAGAUCUCGUUCAAGAGAUUGAGUCAAAGGGCGGUCGAUGGAUUGCCUUGGAUGUGACAGCGCCCGAUUUGUCGAGCGUGGUUGACAAAGCCAAGGCACUAUAUGGAACAAUUGACAUACUUGUCAACAAUGCUGGAUUUAGUCUCAGUGGAGGAUUCGAGGAUCUAAGCGAGGACGACCUCCGGGCCCAGUAUGAGACCAACGUCUUUGGGGUUUUCAAGAUGAUGAAGGCCGUGUUACCUGGGAUGCGCGAGCGGCAGUCCGGUAUUGUGAUCAACAUUGGAUCAACGGGCGGCCUCACUGAGGCCGUUUGGCACGAAUACCGCGACUUCAACGUUAAAAUUGUUCUGGUUGAACCUGGCCCUUUUCGAACCAAUUUCUUGGGUGGAAAUGCGGCCGUCAUCCGUCCGAUGAGCUCGUUUUACAAAGGCACGAGCACUGAAACCACAUUGAAUCACCUUAAAGAUUCCCAUGGAGACCGACCAGGAGACCCAAUCAAGGCUGCCACAAUAAUUGUUGAUUACGCGUUGGGCGAAGGAUCAGCCAAAGGGUCUAAUGAGUUCUUGAGACUGCCCUUAGGGUCUGGAGCUCUGGAAACAGUUCAAGGCAAGAUCGAGUCGCUGGAAGAGAACUUGGCAGGGGUGAGGGAAAUGGCCCAGAGUGCAGACUUCUAA